AAGGGGAGACAAGCCAUGUAAAGUGUUCGUCCAAAUAUUUAAAAUAAUUAUGAUUUUAUUGUUUAUCUAAUGGUAAUUCAAAAGAAACAGAAUUGCCUGCCAUGCAUUAGCUGAUGGCCGUGGAAGAGAAGAAAGCUAUAGCGUACACAGCCACAGGGUUUUGUGAUAACGUCCUGCACACAUUGUACGAGUUGCAGCAGUCGCAAAAACUUUGUGAUGUUUCUCUACAAGCCAAGGACGGUUUUGUGUUCGUGCACAGUCUCGUGUUCGCAGCCUGCAGUACGUUCUUCCAGCAGUGGCUUCUCCAGAAACCAGCACACAAGAAAAAGAAGUUGAUCUUUGAAGUUCCUGAAGUUACUUUGAUACAACUGAAAGAGUUGACAGAAUUUUUCUACACAGGUCGAUUAGUUUUAACCCCUGAAAAUAUUGACGCAUAUCUUAAACUGUUUAAAAAGUUAUGUAUAGAAGAAGCAGUUACCCUUUGUAAUGAAUUUGUUUCUAGUCAAUUGAAAGCAGCAACUAUGGAUGUUAAAAGCAGUACUGAGUCAUCUCAAAAUGGCAGUGUUUUUGUUAGUGGAAUGCGUGAGGUAGAUGAAGAAAAUAUGCAUUCUGUUGGUGGCAGGCUUACAACUCUUAUUGCAGCUGGUAAAAACAAUACAUCUAAUGAAAACCUUAUCACUGAUAUGAUGAGAAAUGAUGGUGCUGUGAAUUUUGAUUCUGUGAAUCAUCUUGAAGACAAUAAUGGCAGUGUAGCAGAUGUGGACCAGUACACUAGUAUUAGUAGCAAGCACAAGGAUGUGGGAAUGUCAGUAGAGACAGAAGGAUCUGGUAAUCAAGACGUUGCAGACAACAGUGCAGUGUUCGACGGUACUGACCGAGACGGUACUAACCGAGACGGUUCUCACAGAGACGGUUUAUCUCUGGGCUGUGUGCUGCCGACAGGGUCCAAGUCUUCGAGCAGUGUGUCACCUGUAAGAAGGAGCGAGCGGGCGCGGCGGGCCUCAGCUAAGUAUGUUGCUUUGAAAGAAGAAAAGACGAAAACUGCGCAGAGAAAAUGUACAAGGGAAAACUCCACAGGUGACAAAAACCUAUGUUCUGAGCAGAGUCUCGCAGGUGAAGAAAAAGAACAAAUAUUGGUCGAACAAGGCAAGAAAAAGUCUAAUAAAAGAAAACAAAAGAUGGAAGUAGCACCUGAUGAAAGUAUAAUGAGUAAAUCAUCACUAACAAAAUGUAAAAAGUUAAAGUUUACAAUAUCCGAAGAUGUGAAAGUGAAGAAAGAGGAUGAAGGGAAGACCACGAAGAAGAGAAAAAAGAAACUGACUGUGAGAAAAAUACAGAGAAGAAUGAAGAAAUCAACGUCAGAAACAUUUGAGUGUGAAUUUUGCAACCAUUUCGCUGUUAACUUCAAAGCUCUGGAGAUGCACAAACAUUCCAAACACGACAUUCCUUACGAUCCAACUCGUCAUACAAUAUACACGUGCAAGGUUUGUGGCUAUGAAACCCUGAUGGCGGCCCGACUAGACAUCCACAUCGCCAGCCACUCAGACGAUCGUCCGUUUGUUUGUGAGACGUGCGGCAAAUCCUUCAAACUGUCCUGUGAGCUGACCAUGCAUGCCAAGGUUCACAUAAAUCCAUCCAUGCUCGACUGUACACACUGCGGAAAAACUUUCUCAACCGUUUAUAAUCUCAAGGAUCACAUUGAGCACCAGCACUUUGGCCGGAAGAAAUUCUUGUGUCAUCUGUGUUGUCACCGAGCAGUAAAUCGACUCCACUUAGACCGACAUCUUUAUAAGUUGCACAGAGUCCCACUACCAGCAAAGUGCAACCUGUUUUCGUGUGAGAUGUGUGGUUUCGAGUCAUUCAAGCGGUACAGGUUUACGGAACACAUGAAGAGACACAAAGGUGAAAAAGACUUCAUAUGUGUGGUUUGUAAAAAGGGAUUUGUCAGCCAGCCAGCGCUAGCCAGACACAUGAUAUGGCAUGGAGAGAAGAAGUUUAAGUGCACCUAUGGCGAUUGUCAGUAUGCCACCGUCCAGAAGAAAUCGUUAGAAGAACACACGCGCCUGAUGCAUACUGGAAAGGACGUGAAGCCGUAUGUUUGUCACUUGUGCCCUCACAGAAGUGGUUUGAAAGGAAACCUCGACAAACAUCUGCGAAGUGUGCACAAGCUUGAUCUGGUUAACAAACGCCGGGCUAGGUACCGCUAUAAUCCGGUAUCCUCGGGGGAUGAAUUCGAGAGGUCUUUGGACAUCACUUCCGAUGAUUUCUCCAUGGAAGGUCUGUCGUUAGUGAAAAAAGAACCGAUGUCGGGGGAAGAUACGAAGCCCAUGAAACAGGCCCAGUUUGAGGCAGCCCUCAAUGAGGCAAUCGCUCGCUCGAUGAAGUACGACGGGAGUUCGGAAACGGAGAGCUACCUGGAGGAUAAGAGCCACAAAUCUCAGAUAACACAGACGGUACCGGACAUGGAGCCCGAUCAGUCCUGGCAACCCAACACCGGCUGUUCCGCCAACUCGGCCAACUCCCUCGACAUCCAGGCGGACAGUUCGGGGAUCGCGGACUACGGCGCACUGCAGGACGAUGUGGCCAGUGCGGAGUUCACGGCGGAGAGUGCCGACGAGGCAGCGAUAAUCAUUCACGAGAUGGUGCCGGUUCAAACGGACGCAGCGACGACCACGAUCGGUAAUAUAGGACUGGAGGAAGGCACGGCCGGGACCCAGCUCACAGUCAUAUGUGACAGCAAGUCGGACGCGUUUUCAGUGCUAGAAUCGGUCGGCUUCAAGUUCAUUUGAAAUUAACUAAGAUGAGUUCAGCUUGUUAAAAUGAUUAUUCAGAUUAAUGAUUCUGAAAACCUCUGAAAAUUAUAACGACGACAGUUUUAUUUGCACAAUGCUCCACAAGUCUGGUUUUGUAUUAGCCAUUUGUUCACUCUUACAUUAUAUUUACGACAUCAUUUACGUAGUGAUAAUAAUGGGUUAUGCAGAAAAUAAUGGGUUACCUGACUUUGGUUUUAUAACACAAAAAUGGCCAGUUGUCAGGGUUUUUUAGGCCUGUUAUGGUGUUAGUGUUAUUCCAGAAAUACAGGUGCCAUUAUUAUUAUUGACAUGUUUUGAUGUUCAGUAUUGGUUUUGCCUAAAGUUUGAUGGAUUUACUGCAGUAUUUAAUUUGUUAUGGUGAAAAAACUGUCGUUUGUUUAAAAAAACAUGUCUUGACCAAAGCAUGUUGACAUAAGUGAAGUUAUAAUAGGAUGUCAAUUAUACAGGCAAUGCUACACACUGUGCUGUGUGUGAAGCCAGGCAAUGCUACACACUGUGCUGUGUGUGAAGCCUGGCAAUGCUACACACUGUGCUCUGUGUGAAGCCAGGCAAUGCUACACACUGUGCUAUGUGUGAAGCCAGGCAAUGCUACACACUGUGCUAUGUGUGAAGCCAGGCAAUGCUACACACUGUGCUAUGUGUGAAGCCAGGCAAUGCUACACACUGUGCUAUGUGUGAAGCCUGGCAAUGCUACACACUGUGCUAUGUGUGAAGCCAGGCAAUGCUACACACUGUGCUAUGUGUGAAGCCAGGCAAUGCUACACACUGUGCUAUGUGUGAAGCCAGGCAAUGCUACACACUGUGCUAUGUGUGAAGCCAGGCAAUGCUACAUACUGUGCUAUGUGUGAAGCCUGACAAGAUGUUUUAAAUACAGCAGUUCAGUGCUUGAACAAUGAAGUUAACCACACAAUCAUGUAUUUAUUCAGCAGAAUCCAUCAGUGUGAAUACAGGUAAACAAGUCUAAUAAACUGCCUGACUAAAUAUUACCUGAAAAUACACUGAACCAACAAAAGACAAAUGUUAAUUUAGUUUUCUUUAUUUACAAGUAUUCAGUUUGAAUCUCACUAGUGUUUGUGUCUGCUAACAUUAUCAGUGUCUUGUGAGCUGCAUUGUAGGCCCAUUUUGAUAUUCUCUUUACCCAUAGGCAUACAGGCUUCCAGUUUUGUAGGUACGCAAGGCUGCUAUUUGCCCGAAUGAAACGAAAAUGUCAGUAUCCGGUGUUUAACAUUUAUUAAUAUUACCAUUACUGUCAAACAGCUACAUAUGGUUGCAAGUGCAUUUUUACAUAUAUUACAACUAAUACUGUGGGUAGAAUGAUGGGAAAAUGUGGUGAAAUGGUUUCAGGCCAGCUUAUUUUGCCUGAAAUUCUUUUAUCUUUUUGCAUGAAUUUGAGCAGUUGCCCCCCCCCCCCACUGUAUUGUACACUUAUAUAUUUACCAUAUUAACUGUAUCAGGGAAACAAAAGUAUAUAUAUAUAUACAGGCGGACCUGUAUGUAACGGCCAUUCAAGGGACCUGGCAAAAGUUGACAUUAUGAACAGAUGGCUGUUAUAUACAGGUAAAUAAAGACAUAGGUUACUAUCAAAACUACUACUAAAGUUGAAUGCUUAAAUGUAUCAAGUCAUGAAAAAUAUAAAAUAACAAAAUAUAUACAUAAUUUUUACUACAUAGAAAUGUUAUUAGAAACAUAAAUUGAAGUUAUUCAAAGAGUAAAGUGAACGUGUUUUGUUGAAAGUCACUCUAUUAUUCACCUUUUGAAAUGUCAUUUAUCUUCGAUUGCUUUCAUUGUUUCAACUGCAUUCUGUUACCUAUUAUAUUAGUGCACAAGACACAAACAGUUGCAGGUAAGACAUUAUUAUAUAUUAAAAACCGGCCAGUUUGCCAAUGUGUAAUGGCUGAACAAACAUCAUGGCAGAUUGCCGCAAACUGUUUGUGUUAUGUCUGACUAGCACUUUACUUUAUCAAGUAUCAAGUGAGUGACAUGUAUUUACUUUACUUUGUCAAGUGAGAGACAUGUAUUCACUUUAUCAAGUAUCAAGUGAGCGACAUGUAUUCACUUUACUUUAUCAAGUAUCAAGUGAGAGACAUGUAUUCACUUUACUUUAUCAAGUAUCAAGUGAGAGACGUGUAUUCACUUUACUUUAUCAAGUGAGAGACAUGUAUUCACUUUACUUUAUCAAGUAUCAAGUGAGCGACAUGUAUUCACUUUACUUUAUCAAGUAUCAAGUGAGCGACAUGUAUUCACUUUACUUUAUCAAGUAUCAAGUGAGAGACAAGUAUUCACUUUACUUUAUCAAGUAUCAAGUGAGAGACAUAUAUUCGAAAGUUGGACAUUGAUUGGAAUUAUUCAGUCAUGCACUAUUUGCUGAUUAUUCAGUAGGAUUGAAUUGAUAAAAUUCAUGUCAACAGCAUUUGUAGUUUACCAUUUGUAACUUAUAUAGAAGGAUGCUCCAGUGUGCCAAAAUAAUUAUUUAUAUUUGUACAUUUGCACCAAACAAUGAGUUUGUAAUGAAAUUAAUUAAAUAUCCAAACAUUAUCUGAUUUUUGAUGAAUAAAAUGCAUCCAGUGAA